AUGGACACAGCUGCAGUGGUGACUCUUCUGGCUCUGCUCAUGGCGAUGGCUGGCAUCAGUCAGGCUCUUCGCAUCCAAGGUGGUCUGGACAAAAGUGAUAUCCUGCCAGGCAGCUCAGAGGAGAACAUGGCCGACCGCCUGCUGGGGCUGGAGAGUGAAGACACAGAUAACAGCAUUGAUGAUCGUCUGCUGACCUCAGUGCUGAGAGCUCUGCUGCUCGGAUCCCAGAGAGAAACCAGGAGCUCCGUCCUCCAUCAGCCACAGAGGUUCGGUCGCGGAUCCAGGGGGCAGGUAGAGUCGGAGGAUCAGAUACAUUCCCGUAACUGGGAGGCAGCCCCCAGUCAGAUCUGGAGUAUGGCCGUGCCCCAGAGAUUUGGCAAGAAAUAA